CUAGGCUACGGACUGGGUGGAGGUUAUGGCCUUGGUGGAGGCCUCGGAAUCGGUGGAGGUCUCGGCGGUGGCUACGGGCUUGGUGGAGGCUAUGGUCUCGGAGGGGGCUACGGUCUUGGUGGAGGCCUCGGACUCGGCGGAGGCUAUGGUCUAGGAGGAGGCUACGGUCUUGGCGGGGGUCUCGGUCUAGGACUUGGAGCAGGUUAUGGAGGUUACGGAGCCGGCUAUGGCGCCGGCUAUGGUGGCUACGGUGCUGGUGGCUACGGUGCUGGUGGCUACGGUGCUGGCGGCUACGGUGCUGGCGGCUACGGUGCCGGUGGUUACGGCGCCGGCGCAUUCGGGGGUGCCGCAGCUAAAUCAAGCUCCCACACCAAAACCGUGUCGACAUCAAGCAGCUCGGACUUCGCCGCAGGAAACGCUGGAGGGUACGCUGGAGGUGCCGGAGGUUUCGCCGGAGGCGCCGGAGGUUUCGGCGGUGCCGGAGGUUACGGUGGUGCCGCUGGAGGUUACGGUGCCGGUGGUUACGGCGCUGGUGCUUACGGCGCUGGUGGCUACGGCGCCGGUCUCGGUGGAUUCUGGAAGCGUUAAGAUCUUUCGAGAAGCGUGCAGGAAAACAGAAGAAGAAUAAAACCAUAUCAGUCCAUCGUUUGGUGUAAUUUUUUUUUUUUUCAUUGUAAGAUCGUCAUUUCCAGCAUGGACAGCGGAGUCGAAAAAGUGAAAUCUUUCCACUAAAC